AACAAAAUAAUAGAAAGCAUUCCGUUCACUUCAAAAACAAAAUUUUCAUUAUUUUCGUCAUCAGAUUAUACGAUAUUGUUAUCUCAACCAAUGAAACGUUAUGUUAAGAAUUUUAUACUUAAUCCCAGAACUAUAUCAUUGUGUGUUCAAUGGUAUCAAGUAUUAUAUGACCUAUUUUCUGAAACAACUAGUAAAUCAAUACCUCCUUCACUUGGAGUCACCAUACCAGAUUUGGAUAUUAAAUUACAAAUUCCUAUUUAUCAAAAUGAUGAUGAUGAAAACUUUUCAUUAUUGAGUAUGAAUGCUGAGAAAGUAAUGAAUGCUGUUUUAAAUGAAUUGAAUUUUCUUACCGAACAGAAUGAUGUAUUAGAUAAAUGGGUAAAAUCUAAAGAUUUAAGAUUAUGUUGGAAGAGGUAUGAAAGGUUGGAAUGGAUUGAUGAAAAAGAUCAUGUUUGGAAUGAUUCGUUGAAAUGUCCUCAAUUUGUUGAGCAGACUCAUCAGUUGCAAUUAAGACCAAUUGAGCAUUAUCCUACAUCAGUUAAAUUCAAAGAUGGAACUAGAUUAAUCGUAAUAAAAUGUUUAUGUAUAUAUCCACCUCCACCUCCAAAUGUGUCCACUACAACCGUUAUUGAUACAAGUGAUAAUAAUGACAUUCAACAUUAUCCAUUAAUUUAUGCAAUUUCACCUAUGAAUUCUGAUAUGAACAGGAGAGUUAAUCAGAUUUUAUGUGCGAAAGGAUUUAUUGACUUAACCGAAAUUAUUGAGAUUAAAUGUUUAGAAGAAGUUCUAGAAGCGGAUGAGGUUAAUGACGGAGAAGGGUGCACUUUUAAAUUGUUAAAGAAAAAUGGUAAAGUUAUUACUCUAAAGGCAUAUUCACGGCAAACACGAGAAGAAUGGAUAAAUCAUCUAAAUGAACUUAUUAAAUAUUGGAAGGCAAGAAUAUCGCGAGAUGUGAGAAUAAGAGUCGAAAUUAUUAAAACAAAUCAAUCAUAUUAUCAUGAGACAGUUGAUGAUGGAUUUUAUCAUUGGAGGAAUUCAAAAUCUUAUGUUAAUCCAAUAUUAUGGAAUUGUUGUGUAUUAGAUAGAUGUCGUGGAAUCAUUAAAUCUGGGUGGUUAUAUAAUAAGACACAAACCGUGCAAACAUUUGAACAUUAUCAUCAUGUUCUAACGCAUGGCCAUCUUAUUUAUUUUCAUCGUAACACGCGUUCCACCUUAUCAAAAUGUACGUCAAACAAAAGUUACCACAAAUAUAAAUGGUGCAUAAAUUUGAGAGAUUGUUAUGUAUAUUCAGGAGAAAUAACGGAACAUGAAUAUUAUGAUUCAAAUCAAUCACAAGAACGAAGUGUCGCUAAAUCAUAUAAUAAUGGUCAGUUGGCCAAAAUUUAUGGGGAUGGUAUGGUAUCUUAUGAUAAUUAUAAAGAUACAAGUUUUGUUAUUUGGAAAAAUAAAAGAAAGUAUUGUUUUGGUAAUGAUGGGAUGAAAAUCCAAGUGAAUCGAAGAAUCCAAUUGAAUACUCGGGGAAAAUUUUGGGUUUUUAGAGCUAGAAGUAGAAUGGAAUGUGAAGAAUGGGUUUGGGCCCUUAAUGCUGAAAUUGAACGUCUUUAUAAAAAUGAAAAUACUUGA